UGACUACAGUGUACAGUUGACUCUGCAUUAUUCUAAAUCAGAUGUUAAGCAAAAGUGGAAAUUAAAAAGCAAAGGCCAAGAAAUACCUCACAUAAGCGGCAACGUGAAGGAAAAUCUGAAGGAUAGAACGAGAAUCUACAAGGAAUUAAUUAAAUCGACGAUUUUUAUUUUGUCAAAAAGAUGCCUAACAUAAAGCUACAGAGUUCCGAUGGCGAAAUAUUCGCGGUUGACAUCGAAAUCAUAAAAUGUUCAGUUACUAUCAAGACUAUGUUGGAAGAUCUCGGUAUAGACGAGGCUGAAGAGGAAGUCGUGCCAUUGCCGAAUGUUAAUUCCGCGAUCCUCAAUAAGAUUAUACAGUGGGCUACGUAUCAUAAAGAUGACCUCCCACCACCAUCAUUCGAAGACGAAGCCGAAGAGAAUUCUAAUGAUGAUAUCAGUUCAUGGGAUGCCGAUUUUCUAAAAGUUGAGCAAAGCACUCUCUUCGAAUUGAUUCUGGCAGCUAAUUACCUUAAUAUCAAAGAUCUCUUAAAUAUCACAUGCAAAACCGUCGCCAAUAUGAUUGAAGGCAAGACAACCACAGAGUUAUGUGAAAUAUUCAACAUCAAUCGUGAUUGUAAUAUUUCAGAGGAAGAACAAGAAGAAGAGUGCAUAAAGAAAGAAGAGAAGAAGAGUGUGAAGAAAAGAAGAAGAAGAAGAACAAGAAAAGCGGUUGAAGAAAGAGAUGGAAAAGAGUAGUGUGAAGAAAAGAAGAAAGCAAAAUCUUCAAUGUUGCAUGGCUGGA